AUGUUGAAUCGUUGUAUUACUUCGCCUUUACGUAAUUCAUAUGGUUUAAUUGUUGCUCGUCAUUUAUCAUUAAGUGCACCUCUUGCACAAUCAAAGCAACAAGCUACAGAUCCUAUUCAACAGUUGUUUGUUAAUAAAAUUCGUGACUACUAUGAUAAACGAAAACAAACAAAAGAUGGUCUUGUCGAUGCUACACCUGAUGUUCGUAAAAGUCUUGAAGACACACUCAAUAAAUUGAAACAUUCUUUUGGUGCUGAAACAGAAGAUCUUCUUUCAGUACCAAAACUUGAAUUCAAAGAACCUCAACUUGAAGCUGUCAUUGAUAAACAAGUGAAAGAAGUAGUUAAAAAACCAGUCGUUCUAUCCCAAGAAGAUAUCAAAAAAUAUUCGGGUUCAUAUGGCUCAUGGUCGCAAGAAAAUCAACCGAAGAAACAAGAACAAAAGACCCUCGAUCAACGUUAA